AUGAGGUCUUUAACAAGGCAACUGGCAACACAGAGGCAUCUAUACAGCCCAAAUCAGACGUCCAUUCUCUCUACACCAACACGCCUUGCAAUACCUGCAUCAACACCAUCUCGCCUCACCGCGCCCUUCAACACGACUUUCCACCGCUACGCACACUCGAUCCCACGUCCACCCUCCUCCACACCUUCCACCUCCUCCUCUAUCCCAAAGCCAAACACGUCCAAGCAGCCCUCCUACGAGCUCACCUUCACCUGCGUCCCCUGCGGUACCCGCUCCGCCCACAACGUCUCCAAGCAGGGCUACCACCACGGCUCCGUCCUCAUCACUUGCCCCUCCUGCCGGAACCGACACAUCAUCAGCGACCAUCUCAACAUCUUUGGCAACCGCAGCAUCACGGUCGAGGAGCUGAUGAAGGAGCGCGGGCAGCUCGUGAAGCGGGGCACAUUGGGCGAGGACGGCGAUUUGGAGUUCUGGGAGGACGGGAGCACCACGAGCAGGGAGGAGAGGACGGGCGACGGCAAAGACCCGGUACCUGCUGCCAGAAAAGAGGCCAAGGAGGCCGAUGGAGACGAUGAAGCGCCGGGUUCGACCUUUGGGAAGGCUUGA